CAAGUGGGAGGAGAAAUGCAAAUCCCCUACUGACGAUGGCGUCGGCGGCAUUGUCCUGGGGACUCUGAAGGGCGAUUCUGACUUGGGACUUGAGCGCCGCCUGGGACCUGGGCUGAGGGAACCAGCAUGUCUCAGUGGAAUCAAGUCCAACAGUUAGAAAUCAAAUUUUUGGAGCAAGUAGAUCAAUUCUACGAUGACAACUUUCCUAUGGAAAUUCGACACCUGUUGGCCCAGUGGAUUGAGAAUCAAGACUGGGAGGCGGCUUCUAACAAUGAAACCAUGGCAACGAUUCUUCUUCAAAACUUAUUAAUACAACUGGAUGAACAGUUAGGUCGAGUUUCCAAAGAGAAAAACCUGCUCUUGAUACACAAUCUAAAAAGAAUUAGGAAAGUCCUUCAGGGAAAAUUUCAUGGAAAUCCAAUGCAUGUAGCUGUGGUUAUUUCAAAUUGUUUAAGGGAAGAGAGGAGAAUAUUGGCUGCAGCCAACAUGCCCAUCCAGGGACCUCUGGAGAAAUCCUUACAAAGUUCUUCAGUUUCAGAAAGACAGAGGAACGUGGAGCACAAAGUGGCUGCCAUUAAAAAUAGUGUGCAGAUGACAGAACAAGACACCAAAUAUUUAGAAGACCUGCAAGAUGAAUUUGAUUACAGAUAUAAAACAAUUCAGACAAUGGAUCAGGGUGACAAGAACAGCGCCAUGAUGAAUCAGGAAGUUUUGACUCUACAAGAAAUGCUUAACAGCCUCGACUUCAAGAGAAAGGAAGCCCUCAGUAAGAUGACACAAAUAGUCAAUGAAACAGAUUUAUUAAUGAACAACAUGCUAACAGAAGAGCUGCAAGACUGGAAGAGGCGGCAGCAGAUUGCCUGCAUAGGAGGUCCACUCCAUAAUGGGCUCGACCAGCUUCAAAACUGCUUUACACUGUUGGCAGAAAGUCUGUUCCAACUCAGAAGGCAAUUGGAGAAAUUAGAGGAGCAGUCUACCAAAAUGACGUAUGAAGGCGAUCCCAUCCCAGUGCAAAGAGUGCACCUGCUGGAAAGAGUCACCUUCUUGAUCUACAACCUUUUCAAGAACUCAUUUGUGGUUGAACGGCAGCCAUGCAUGCCAACCCACCCUCAGAGGCCAAUGGUACUUAAAACCCUCAUUCAGUUCACUGUAAAGCUAAGACUACUAAUAAAAUUGCCAGAACUAAACUAUCAGAUAAAGGUGAAAGCAUCAAUUGACAAGAAUGUUUCAACCCUAAGCAAUCGAAGAUUUGUUCUUUGUGGAACUCAUGUCAAAGCCAUGUCCAUUGAAGAAUCUUCCAAUGGGAGUCUCUCAGUAGAAUUUCGACAUUUGCAACCCAAGGAAAUGAAGUCCAGUGCUGGAAGCAAAGGAAAUGAGGGCUGUCACAUGGUGACUGAAGAGCUUCAUUCCAUAACCUUUGAGACACAGAUCUGCCUCUAUGGCCUGACCAUAGAUUUGGAGACCAGCUCGUUACCUGUGGUGAUGAUUUCCAAUGUCAGCCAGUUACCUAAUGCUUGGGCAUCCAUCAUUUGGUACAAUGUGUCAACCAACGAUUCCCAGAACUUGGUUUUCUUUAAUAAUCCUCCAUCUGCGACUUUGAGUCAACUCCUGGAAGUGAUGAGCUGGCAGUUUUCAUCAUAUGUUGGUCGUGGCCUUAACUCAGAUCAACUCAAUAUGCUGGCAGAGAAGCUUACAGUCCAAUCUAGCUACAGUGAUGGUCAUCUCACCUGGGCCAAGUUCUGCAAGGAACACUUACCUGGUAAAUCAUUUACCUUCUGGACAUGGCUUGAAGCAAUAUUGGAUCUGAUUAAGAAACACAUUCUUCCUCUUUGGAUUGACGGGUAUGUCAUGGGCUUUGUUAGCAAAGAGAAGGAACGACUCUUGCUAAAGGAUAAAAUGCCUGGAACUUUUUUGUUAAGAUUCAGUGAAAGCCACCUUGGAGGAAUAACUUUCACCUGGGUGGACCAUUCUGAAAAUGGAGAAGUGAGAUUCCACUCUGUAGAACCCUACAAUAAAGGCCGCUUGUCUGCUCUGCCAUUCGCUGACAUCCUUCGAGACUACAAGGUUAUUAUGGCUGAAAACAUUCCUGAAAACCCUCUGAAGUACCUAUAUCCUGACAUUCCCAAAGACAAAGCCUUCGGUAAACACUACAGCUCCCAGCCAUGCGAAGUUUCAAGACCAACAGAAAGAGGAGACAAAGGUUAUGUUCCUUCUGUUUUUAUCCCCGUCUCAACAAUCCGAAGUGAUUCAACUGAGCCACAGUCUCCAUCAGACCUUCUUCCCAUGUCUCCAAGCGUAUAUGCAGUGCUGAGAGAAAACCUGAGCCCCACGACGAUCGAAACUGCGAUGAAGUCUCCAUAUUCUGCUGAAUAAUGGGAUAAACUCUUGACACUCAAAAAAAGGAAGCAAAUGAAAAAAUUUAAGGACUGAUCUUUGUCAACAAUCACAUUUUAUUUCUUCAGCUUUGUAUAUACCGGUUUCCAGGAAAUGGUUGAAGUCUGAAGCUCUCCUCUCACUGGCAUGACACCCCCAAUUGGGAGUGUUGUGACUGAAAUGUUAAAACCAAAGCUUCAGAUAAACUUGCAAGAUAAGACACUUUAAGAAACCAGUGUUAAUAUAAUAUUAAC